CGCCGGCAACGAUCGAUCUCUCACCGGAAGCCCACUCUCACCUCUCACUGGCCGCUCUCAACUCUCAAGCUCUCGUUUCACGGCAGCGUCUUAUCGAUCUCUCACCGACCAUAAGCUCUACUUCUGUUGUAAUUCACCGGAUUAAUGGAUGAAACGACCGGUGAAAGUAUUACCCCCACCGGUCCCUCGAGCGAGGACCCUGUUGUUUCAAGUGCUCCUUGUGAAGGAGGUCAAAAUCAACUAGAGCAAGGGGCUGCUGCAGUACCAAAAGCUCCAGCCAAAAGGCCCGCAACUGAAACUGCCACUGAUGCUCAAAAUAAAGGUAAGAAAAAAAGAUCUUGGCUCUGGGAUCAUUUUGAGUUGAUCAUAAAAAAUGGAGAAGAAAGAGCUAAAUGCGUGUAUUGUCCAACUGAUGUUUGUGGUAGCUCUAAAACAGGCACAUCUGUUAUGAAAAAUCACCUUCUUAGAUGUAAAGAAUACCCUCCUAACAUCGAUAAAUCACAAAGGCUUCUUUCUUUGCAAAGUGAACAAAGUCAACAGAGUAUGGGAGAUGGCAGUGUUGGUGAAAAUGUAACUGGGGAAAAAAAAGGGAAAUUAGAAUUUUGGAAGUUUAAGCAAGAGGAUACUCGGAAAGCUUUUGCAAAGAUGAUAAUAAUGGAUGAAAUGCCAUUUAGAGUUGUUGAGCGUGAGGGUUUUCAACUUUUCGCAUUGCUAAUAGUAUACAUUUCUUGUUUGUGUUGGUUUUCUUUGGCUUUUAUCAACUAGAAAAGCCAACAACAAGAUCAUCUUUCAAUGGGCCGGGCCGUUUUCCAACCUAAAAUGUGUAUGUGCUAAUGUAGUAAUGUGCUAUUGCAUACUUCCUCCGUCUUUUAAUACUCACAACGUUUGUUAGUUUCACGCAUGCCAAUGCACAACUAUGAUCAUUUAUAUCUUAAA